AAACUGAAUAUCGUCAUAUCUUUCUGUAAUAUUCCUCUUUUUCCACCCAGAUCAUCUUUCAUCUGUUAUCCAGUCGGCGGCAGUAGAACAGGACACUGGUGUUGUAUCUGCCGGAGUCGGGGACAACGUGACUCUGCGCUGCUUCUACGACAGUCAAGUGGCGAUGCACUUCUCCUGUCCAGUGUUUACAAACACGAAAAAUUGGCCACGGUCUCCAAAUGGUUGGUAGAGAUUACUCGUUUCUCUGUGCAGAGGGAGGAAGGGGCGAAUCAUCUACACAUCUCCGACGUCCACCUCUUCGAUUCAGCUACAUACUUCUGUGGAAGCUCACACUCCAACAUGGUGGAAUUUGGAGAGGGGGUCUUUUUAAGUGUCAGAGGUAUUAUGCUUUUAUUUUUCGUUGGCUUUGACUUUAGAGCCAAACUCCAGGAACUCCAGGACAUACCCCAAGGGCCAGAAUCUGUGACCGUCCUGCCGGGAGGCUCCGUGACUCUCAACUGCACAGUGAACACUGGGACCUGUGAUGGGGAACACAGAGUUUGCUGGUUCAGACACGGUUCUCGCCCCGGCAUCAUUCACGCACAUGGGGAUCAGUGUCACCGCGUCUCCGCACCAGCAGGCUCUCUGUCACACAGCUGUGUGUACCAUCUACAGAGGAUGAACCUGACCUCCCUUGACACCGGAACCUACCACUGCGCCAUGGCCUCAUGCGGGGAGGUGCUGUUCGGCAGCGGGAGCAAAGUGCUCGUAACCGAUGACACCGAGGACCGCACGGCCCAGAUGAGAUUCUUGGUUUGUCUCUCCAUCGUUAGAGCUGCGAUUCUCGUGUUAUUUCUCACAGGUUGUCUCUCGGUUUACUCCACCAAAAGCCGGCAACCUCCUCAAAGCUGAGCUUGGCUCUGUC